AGUAUAAGUUGCAGGAGUUAACUGAGCAAAGAAGAUGUUUGAUCACAAAUCUGGAAGCAACUGUAGUUGAUAUACAAAAUAUAUGUCAUCGUGCUUCAGAAAGAACUACAUUUAUACAAACUUCUGAAAAAGAAUUACAUGAACUGUCUAAGAAGAAACAGCAGUUACUGGAAGUGCUGGAAUCUAAUUGGAAAGAACUACAAGAAAUUCAAGAACUUGCAGCUACCCAACCAGACAGUGUCAACGAGCAUAAACUACAGGAGUUAACUGAGCAAAGAAGAUGCUUGGCCACUGAGCUGGAGGCUACUUUAGCUGGUAUACAAAAUGUAUGUCAUCGUGCUUCAGAAAGAACUAUGUUUAUACCACCUUCUGAAAGAGAAUUACCUGAGCUGUUGAUGAAGAAGCAACAGUUACUGGAAAUGUUGGAAUCAAAUAAAAAAGGGCUACACGAUGCUCAGGCUCUUGCAGCUGCCCAGCCAGGCAGUAUCAGUGAUCAUAAGCUACAAGAACUAAUCGAGCAAAGAAGAUCUCUCAUUGCAAAUCUGGAGACAACUAUGCAUGAAAUACAAAAAGCACAGGAACUUAAUUCUGAAGGUGUUUCUAUUGUACAACCUGCUGAAGGAGAAUUAUAUGAGUUAUCUGUAAAAAGGCAAGAAAUAUUGGAAAAACUGGAAUCUGUUCAGAGAGAACUAGACGAAGCUUCAGUUGCUGCAGCUGCCCAGCCAGGCAGUGUCAGUGAGCAUACAUUAUAUAAACUUGCUGAGGAAAAAAGUCGUUUGGUUGAAGAACUAGGGCAAACUACAGUUAGUCUACUAAAAGCAGAGAGUGCUGCUUCAGAAAAAGUUUUAAUUGGAAAACCUGCUGAUGGUGGAGAGAAUGGACUCGGUGAACUAUGGACUCUUUAUGAAAAGCAGCAUUUUAAAGAAACAGAAAAUAUAGAAAAAGUACACCACUAUGCCUCAGUAGAACAUCUUCAACCCAUAGCAAAGGAAUUAAAUCAACUGUCUGCAAAGAAGCAGCUUUUACGGACGUAUUUAGAAUCCAAUUGGGAUGCACUUCAGCAAGCUCAGAUUCUUGCUGCUAUUGAUCCAGGCAGUGUAAGUGAGCAUAAACUACAAGAAUUAUCUGAGGAAAGAAGAAAUUUGUCUAAAGAACUAAAGAAAGUUUUUCAGGAAAUACUAGUAUUACAGCAAGGUGCUUCAGAAAAAUUUCUAGCUAGACAACCUGGUGAGGAUAAACAAAAGCAGCUAACUGAGCAAAGGAAACAUUUAACUGCAGAGUUAGAGGCAACAGUAAAGAAUAUUCAAAGAGCGGAACGUUAUGCUUCAGAAGUACUUGUAGUUAUAAGACCCAGUGGUAAGUAA